CCAGUUAGCCGCAUACUAAUUGGCUGCGAGUGGCUAAUUCUAAUUAGAUCUCUUCAGUGUUUUGUCCAGAGAUCUCAUAUUAUUUGGAUGUGGUGUUGUGAAAUGUGAAUCGUUCCAAACUAAAAUGAAUCGUGAAAUACUUGUUGUUUUUGUUGCUUUGUUUGUCGUUUACACAAUUCAGACAACAGAUUUCCAGGACAACUUAAUAAAUGGCUAUCGAACCCUAAUAGCGGAUAUUCAAGUCAGGACCCAAAAGUCUCGUGAGGAUAUGGAUACCUUGGUAUCUCAAAUAAAGCUGCUUAUGAAGAACGAAGCCGACAAAGCUAUCAACUAUAUGACUGUUUACCUUGAACAGAUAUCACUCUACUUUCAGGUCAUAAUUCACGACCGUAAACCACGGAACGGUACAUAUUGCAAGGAGAGCAUCGUAAAACUACUGGGGGAAAACCUCCAACUUGCUGAUGAGAACGUCACGCUCUGUUUAGCUUUAGGAUACCAGAGGGUGCAGAGACUACCAGAAAAAUUACAAGUUCACUUCGAAACAUUGGAGAAUCUCAAAAAAUAUUCGGCGUCUAAGUUGUUCGAGUGUCAGAAACAACAACAAGUCGGAGGCAACUGCUCUCACGAGAGCCAGGAUCUCGAGCGGACUGUUUUCCUGUAUGAAACGUCACCCUUCCCCGUCGUAAUGGCUGAAAUAGCCAUUCACGGCUUCAAAGAAGUGUCCGAUUUGAGUGUUUGUUUGAAGGACAUUAUAUCAAGAAUGAUGACACACUCCGUCAAAGUGAUCGGUGAUUUCAAUAGGUGUAUACAUAAUAUUGAAAUGCCGAAACUGAAAUAUUUACUAAAGUUCAUGAAAAAGUAUGCUUAAAUUAAUAAUAAUGUUAACCAGAUUAAUAAGAUUAUGUGUAAAUGUGAGAUAAUUGUUAGUUAAAUACAAUAAUU